AUGGCAUUAAAGACUCCUAUCAGCAUGUUUCAAUAUCAGUUGGUCUAUGGUAAAGCCUGUCACUUGCUAGUAGAGUUGGAGCACAGAGCAUAUAGGGCAACAAAGUUCCUGAUAUUUGAUGCCAAAGCUGUAGGAGAAAAGAGGCUCCUUCAACUGAAUGAGCUUAAUGAAUUUAGAAAUUCAGCUUUUGAGAAUUCCAAGCUCUAUAAAGAUAAGACAAAGGUGUGGCAUGACAAAAAAAUAGCCACCACAGCAUUUGAGCCAGGCCAGAAAGUCUUAUUAUUCAAUUUAAGGCUCAAGCUCUUUACAAGCAAGCUGAAGUCCCGAUGGUCAAGACCAUUUGCCGUUACCAGGGUGUCACUGUAUGGUCAUGUGGAGCUCUAG